AUGAACGUGCACGCCACACGCUCCCUCUUUGAACCCAACCCGGCGACGCGGCCCCUCCCCGUGUGGGCCGCCGCCGUGCCCCCGCUGGCCUACUAUGCCGCCCUCUUUCUCCUCCCGCCCCUGCCAAAGACGGUGGCCCGCCCGCUGCGCCGCCUGGCCACCCUGGUCCGCUUCGGCCUCGCCGCGCUCUCGGCCUACACCUUUGCCGUGCUGCCCCUCCGUUACUACUACCCGGGCAGCGCCGUCCUCACCUACCAGCUCGGCCUGGUCGGCUGGUACGGCGCCGGCAGGGUCAUCGACGUCUUUUUCCUCUCCUACCCGCGCGUCCCCAGCCGCAUCGUCAUCAGCAGCACCUCGGACGCCGCCGGCCAAAAGGGCAAGGGCACCGGUGUCUCGCACCCGUACCCGGCCGGCCCCAACGAGACCUGGAAGCUCGAGCCCCACCCGCGCGGCCUCUUCACCUUUGAGCGCGCCUGGUGGGCCCUCGACCUUCUGAUUAGCAUGCGCGGCGUCGGCUGGGACUUUGCCAGCGCCGACGUCCGCCACGACAGCCACCCCUGGCAGCCCCCCUCGAGCGCACAGCUGCGCCGCGCCCUUGUCAAGCUGCUCCCCGUCCUCCUCGGCUGCAUCUUUACCAUGCACACCCUCCACCCGGCCCACACCGAGGCCCUCAACCCAUCCAUCACCGACCUCUCGACGCCCGCAAGGGUCGCCUUUGUCGCCGCCACGGGCAUCUCGCUCUACACCCUCUUCGACUUUGGCUACACGCUCAGCAGCGCCGUCGCCCUCCCCGUCAUGGCCGACGUCGCCGUGCAGCAGGCGCAGCGCCGGCUCCGUAAGCGCUCGCGCAAGGCCGGACUCGCGGCCAAGCCGGGUCGCAGGGACCGCAUUCGCCAGGUCAUGGCCGACGCCACGCCCCAAGACACCGAGACCGAGACCGAGGCCGAGGGCGACGAUGCCGACGACACCGCCGUGGGUGCCGCUGCCGGCGGUGGACAGCACAAGCCGCCGUCGCUGCUGCAGUCGAGUCCGCAAACCCACGAGCAGCUGUCGCUGCGCAACGUCGACUUUUUCCCGCUCCUCAACCCGGCCGGGCUGACGCAGGCGACGACGGUGCGCCGCUUCUGGUCGUUUGCGUGGCACCGGCUGUUUGGGCGCUUCUUUGGCGUCUACGGCAUCCUGCCCUUUACCUACGCCGCCUACCUGGUCGAGGACGUGGUGCAGGGCAAGCUAUGGGACGCCGAGCGGGUGCGGGCGCGGCGCGAGGUGUGGCCGAGCUACCACGCCGACCCGAUGCGCUCGCUGCAGCGCGGGCGCGCCGACUGGGCAAAGGUGCUGGGCGCUUUCACGGCCAGCGGCAUCAUCCACGGCGUGUCGGAGCGUGCGGCGCUGGGCGGGCGGGUGGCGGUGCCGCCGACCAACGUGUGGCUGCCCAAGGACCACGCCCGGGGCAUGGGCCACGAGCUGCGCGCCGGCAUGGCGGCCCAAAGCGGCGUGUGGGGCGUGCUGGCGCGGCUGUCGCCCAUGCGCCUGGCGCCGCCCGUGUCGGGAGGGGGCGAGUUUAGCUUUUUUGUGCUCAACGGCGUGGCCGUCAUCGUCGAGGGUGCCGUUGCGCGGUACGUGACGCAGCGGCGCAAGCGGCGCAACGGGGGCGAGACGUACGCGAUGUGGUACGACCGGCCGGUCGGCAUCGCGUGGACGCUCACCGUGCUGCUGUAUACGGGCCAGCUGUUUGUUGAGGGCUGGAUCCGCAGCGGCAUCUCCAAGGAGCUGGGCCUGAUUGUCGAUUGA